GUACGUAGCUGGUAAUAGGGUCUCUCACUCGCUGCCCGUCCUUCGCCUUAUCUGCUGCCCACCAGGAGGGACAGAAGGAGCAGAAACCAGCAUGUCGGACCAGUCUGCUUUUGACACGGACGUAUGGACCCUGACCCGGUUCGUCAUCGAGACCGGCCGCCAGGCUAAGGGGGCGACCGGGGAGCUGACCCAGCUCAUCAACGCUAUACUGACCGCCGUCAAAGCCAUUUCCUGUGCUGUGCGCAAGGCAGGCCUGGCCCACCUGCAGGGCUUGGCGGGCUCGGUGAACGUGACGGGGGACGAUGUGAAGAAGCUGGACGUGCUGUCCAACGUCCUGAUGAUCAACAUGCUGCAAGCGUCCUACGGCAGCUGCUGCAUGGUGUCCGAGGAGAACAAGGAGCUCAUCGUCACCCCCAAAGACAAGAGGGGAAAGUAUGUUGUCUGUUUCGACCCUCUGGACGGCUCCAGUAACAUCGACUGCUUGGCUUCUAUCGGCACCAUCUUUGCCAUCUACAAACGGGUAACAGAUGGGGAGCCCACAGAUAAAGAUGCCCUGCAGGCAGGAAACAACAUAGUGUGUGCGGGCUACACCCUGUACGGCAGCGCCACCCUGAUGGCCAUCAGCACCGGGGCCGGACUCAACUUCUUCACCCUGGACCCUGCCAUAGGCGAGUUCAUCCUGACUGAGAGGAACGUGAAGAUCAAGCAGAAGGGAAAGAUCUACAGUCUGAACGAAGGCUACGCCAAGUACUUCCACCCCUCUAUCAACGAGUACCUCAAGCACAAGAAGUACCCCGAGGACGGCAGCUCUCCCUACGGAGCACGUUAUGUGGGCUCCAUGGUCUCAGAUAUUCACCGCACCAUCGCCUACGGAGGGAUCUUCAUGUACCCCGCCAACGAGAAGAGCCCCAAGGGGAAGCUGCGGUUGUUGUACGAGUGCAACCCCAUCGCCUUCCUCAUCGAGCAGGCGGGGGGGCUGGCCUCCACCGGCUUCCAGAGGGUGCUUGACAUCCAGCCCGAAGAGCUCCACCAGAGGGUCCCCUUCGUGGUGGGCUCCCCCGACGACGUCAACGAGUUCCUGACCUUCGUCAAGAAGCACCAGUGAAGCUGCACAAAUGUAUAUAUACAGCUCCUAUCAAAUGGCACAAGGUUCUUUUUUGGGGAUCUCUAUGCACCAAAAUAGAAUAAUUAUUUUGCAGUUUUAUCAAAAUGUAUAAGUUGAUCACAAAUCAUGGAAUAAUACAAAAAAUAAAUGAAUAACCGUUUUAAUAAAAUUGUAUUUGUUCUUUUAAGUAGGCUACUCCAACCUAUGUUUUUUUCUAAUUGCAGAAUAAAUGUGCAACAAAGGCAAAUUGAAUUCCUUAAUAAUAUCAAAACGGAUCAUCUGUUUUCAUCAAAUAAAUAAAUGAACAAAUACAGAUUC